UCCAGUGAAACACCUCCUCCGCGUUGCACCGCACUGCUCCUGCACCACCAGCCCACACUCAGCCUCCACCUCACGGCACAACAGCCACGAACAACGGCUCGAGACCUCCCUCGAAGGACAGAAGCCGUCAGGCCACUGCCUUAAACCCUGCACCAAUAACCACCGAGCACCGGCCACCUUAAGCAAACCGUGUCACGUCCCGCGGCGUCACCACUGGUAGCCCACGCUGCCGUAGGAGCCGCCCAACAAACCACCACCACCACCCUUGCCCCUUCACAGCACCCUACACGUCGGAAAACACCACCCUCAACCUUACGGAAGGCCCUGUUUUUGCACCAAAAAAACAGAGCACUUCCAUAGCAUACCUUCCUUCUCAAGCGCACGUUCAGCCACCGUUUCUCUCCGGAAAAAACCACAACUCGGUCGUGCUACGCCCUGAAACCACCGUACUGCACUGCCGCCGCCUCAAGCCACUGCCCUCCCUCUCGGUAACAUCUCCUCCCUCACGCCGUAUUUACUCUCUCUCUCUCGCUCAUCUCUUUCUCUCUCUCAGUGUUCCGCCGUCGGGUCAGCCACCUCCCACUCGCCCUGCUCCGUCGCGACUCCUUCUCUCACGUAUUCCUUGAGUUGUAGAUUGCUUGAGAGAGAUGGAGGUUGGUAAUGCUAUGGAAGAAGAAAAAUCAAGAUCAGAAGAACACCAUGUAGAUCAAGAAAUAUUAGAAGAACAAAAAGAUGAUCACAUACUCAAAGGUAAGAACCUGCCAUCUAGCAAAAAGUCGGCUAUUCGUGAUUCUUUCGAUUUAGAGGCAAGUAGAUUCACCACAAACCAAGGCUCGUCUCAGGUCGGAGAUUGGAAAACAGUGAUGAAGUUAGCAUUUCAGAGCAUUGGUGUCGUAUAUGGUGAUCUGGGCACUUCGCCUUUGUAUGUGUUACCGGGUAUUUUCCCUACUGGGAUUAAGCACAAUGAUGAUAUACUUGGGGUGCUGUCUCUUAUCUUUUACUCGCUCAUGUUAAUCACUUUGAUCAAGUACGUUUUCAUUGUGCUAGCGGCCAACGAUAAUGGUGAUGGAGGAACUUUUGCUCUGUAUUCACUCAUGUGCCGCCAUGCCAAGGCAAGCUUGACACCAAACCAGCAGGCUGAAGACAAAGAAGUGUCCAACUACCGACUAGAUUUGCCAAAUCGACGGCUCAAGAGGGCAUCCUUUGUGAAGUCCAUGCUUGAAAAUAGCCAAGCAAUAAAGUUCUUCAUAUUGUUCAUGACCAUGCUUGGCACUUCCAUGGUUCUUGGAGAUGGAAUCCUUACACCAUGCAUCUCAGUGUUGUCAGCAGUGGGAGGAGUUAAGGAAGCUGCUAUUGGUCUCACUGAUAAUAUGAUCAUGUGGUUUUCAGUGGGAGUCUUGAUUGUUUUGUUCCAAAUUCAAAGGUUUGGGACAGAUAAAAUCGGUUACAGUUUUGCUCCAAUACUCACAAUUUGGUUCCUUUUCAUUGGAAUUAUUGGCUUGUACAACUUCUUUAAGUACGAUCCAGGUGUUAUCAAGGCAAUUAAUCCAAUGUAUAUCAUUCAAUACUUCAAGAGGAGCAAGAAGGAUGCAUGGAUUUCUCUUGGAGGCGUCAUCCUAUGCCUAACAGGUUCUGAAGCCCUCUUUGCUGAUCUUGGUCACUUCAGUGUUCGCUCAAUCCAGAUAAGCUCAUGCACUCUAGUUUUUCCAGCUGUUGUUUUUGCUUACUUUGGCCAAGCUUCCUAUCUCCGCCAACACAAUCAGGACGCCAGCAAUGCCUUCUAUAGUUCAGUUCCAAAACCGGUAUACUGGCCAAUGUUUGUUAUCGCUGUAAUGGCAGCCAUCAUUGCUAGUCAGUCCUUGAUCUCAGCUUCCUUCUCCAUCAUCCAACAGUCAUUAGCGUUGGGUUGUUUCCCACGGGUUAAGGUAGUGCACACUUCCUCUAAAUACAAAGGACAAGUCUAUGUACCCGAGAUCAACACUAUUCUCAUGUUGGCUUGUGUGGGUGUCACUCUUGGCUUCAAAAACACAUUGAAGAUCGGUAACGCUUAUGGAAUUGCCGUGGCGUUCGUAUUUACGAUCACAUCUGCAUUUCUUGUCCUUGUGAUGGUAAUGAUAUGGAAGACAAACAUGUACUUGAUAGUCAUCUAUGCCCUGUCUAUAUGGCUCUUGGAACUCCUAUUCUUGAGCUCAGUACUCUACAAAUUUAUCGAUGGAGGGUAUCUUCCUUUGUUAUUUGCCAUGGUUAUGAUGACAAUUAUGUAUUUAUGGAAUUAUGGCUACCGCAAGAAGUACAUUUAUGAGCUUGAUAACAAAGUCUCUACAGUAAAAUUAGUUGAGAUAGCUUCUGAUACUAGCAUCCACCGGAUCCCAGGUCUUGCACUGUUUUACACUGAGCUUGUCCAAGGCAUUUCCCCAAUCUUCACACAUUAUGUAGCCAAUGUCCCAGCUCUGCACUCAGUUCUUGUCUUUAUCUCAAUCAAAUCCCUGCCCAUUUGCACAGUGCCUCUGGAAGAUCGAUUUUUGUUCAAAAGAGUGGAGCCUCGUGAGCUGAGCAUUUUCCGAUGUAUUGUGCGGUAUGGAUACAAGGAUGCAAGAACAGAGUGGGAGUCUUUCAAGGAGAUGUUGGCAAUUCAGUUGAAGGAUUUCAUAAGAAAAGAUGUGUUCAUGUCUAGGCUGCCACACACUACAAAUAUGGAUUCAUACGAAUCAGAUGAUAACGAAGUUUCGAGGCUGAGAACUGAAGAGAUAGCUCAAAGGGAGGUAGAGAAAGUGGAUGAAGCUCUGAAUGUUGGGGAUAUUGUUCAUCUGAUGGGUGAAAAUGAGGUGGUUGCUUCAAAGGGUUCAAGCUUCUUGAAGAAAUUAGUUAUAAACUACGCCUAUAAUUGGUUGCGAAGAAGUGUGAGGCAAGUUGAUGAAGUUUUUAUGAUUCCCCGCAAGCGACUUCUCAAAGUGGGGAUGACUUAUGAUGUCUAAUAAUAGAGUUUUGAUCAAUUCCGUUUGGUUUUCCUCUUUCUAUUUUGUUAAUUAGACUUCUCAUGUGAAGGAUAUUUUUACAGUUUUAGUUUGUUAAUUAAAAAGAAAUUAGAUCCUGGCGCAGCAGUUUAGAUUCACAAGUGAAAGGAUAUUUCACUUGUGAACCUAUCAUCUUAUGCCACAUCAUGGGAUAAUAAGAAGAUGAUGAG